CCGGUCUGUUCUCUCACCCUGCGUGCCGUCUGAGAUUGAUCAGCGCACAACGUAUCUCUCGACCACCACCAUCUCUCUCCUCUCUACACCGCUUCACCUUUUGCAGAAUGUCCCAGAAGACGAUCGCCGUGCUCGACGCGUCCGAGCUGAAGGAUGGAGAGAUGAAGGAAGUGCCGUUCGAGGACGGCAAAGUCCUCCUCUCCCGCCUCGGCGACAAGAUCCAUGCGACGAGCGCGUUCUGCACGCACUACGGCGCCCCCCUCGUCAAAGGCGUUCUCACUGCGGACGGCCGUGUAGUCUGCCCGUGGCACGGUGCAUGCUUCAACGUUUGCACGGGCGACAUUGAGGACGCGCCCGCGCCGACGGCCCUCCAUUCGUUCAAGGCGGAGAUUGUGGAUGGGAAGAUCAGCGUGACCGCCGACCCCGCGAGCACCACGAGCGCGAACAAGUCCCGCCAGCCCAAGCUGCUCGCGACCGGCAGCAGCGUCACCGCCGGUCAAGGAAAGGGCGUCGUGAUCGUGGGCGGCGGAAGCGGCGGCUUCCACCUCAUCGAGAGUCUGCGCGAGCACGGGUACAAUGGCCCGAUCACGGUGCUGUCCAAGGAGAGCUACGCCCCCAUCGACCGGACGAAGCUGAGCAAGGCGCUCAUCACGGACCCGUCAAAACUCGAGUAUCGCUCGGCUGCGGACCUGCGCUCCAAGUACGGCGUCGACUUCCGCGCGGGUACGGAGGUCUCUGGGGUCGACUUGGCUGCGAAGGAGGUGAUCGUAGGUGCGACGCGCGUGCCGUACGAGACGCUGGUCCUCGCGACGGGCGCUGUGGCGCGUCGUCUGCCUAUCGCGGGCAAAGACCUCGCGAACGUCUUCACUCUGAGAGGCGUCGAGGAUGCGAAGAAGAUCGACGCGGCGGUGAAGGAGGGCAAAAAGCUCGUCGUCAUCGGGUCGUCCUUCAUCAGCAUGGAGCUGGUCGUCGCCGUAGCGUCGCGCAAGCUCGCGUCCAUCGACGUCAUCGGCCAGGAGGAGUUCCCGUUCGAGCUCGUCCUCGGCAAGGAGGUCGGCGCCGGGCUCAAGAAGUUCCACGAGUCGAAAGGCAUCAAGUUCCACGGGCAGUCGAAGGUCGAGAAGAUCGUGACUUCCGAGUCCGAUUCGUCGUUGGCUGGCGCGGUUACAAUUACGUCGAGUUCGGGCGAGACCGUCACGCUGCCCGCGGACGUGGUCGUGAUGGGUGUCGGUGCUGCCCCUGCUACGGAGUUCUUGAAGAGCAGCAAGGGCUUCGAGCAGGUCGUAGACAGGACCGGAGCCGUUUCCGUUGACGAAUUCUUGCGCGUGAAGGGUCUGGACAACGUCUUUGCAAUUGGUGAUAUUGCUCUAUACCCCCAGCCGGGCACAGGAGAGCCGAGGAGGAUCGAGCACUGGAACGUUGCUGGCAACCACGGCCGCGCCGUCGGGAAGACUAUUGCGGAAGGCAAAGGUCAACCGUUCGUGAAGGUCCCUGUAUUUUGGAGCGCACAGGGACAGCAGCUGCGCUACUGCGGCGUAGGGGCGGGAUACGACGAAGUGUUCGUCGACGGCAGCGCCGAUGAGAUGAAGUUUGUCGCAUACUAUGCAAAGGCGGGUGCGAUCGUUGCAGUGGCCAGCAUGCAACGAGACCCGCUUGUGAUGAAGGCGUCCGAGCUGAUCAGGCUGGGGCUUAUGCCCACCUUGGCCGAGAUCAAGGCAGGGAAGGAUGUGCUCUCCAUCGACAUCUCGACGGUCAACGCCAAGCCCAAAGUCGCCUGAAGUGCAAACUGUAUGUCGGAUUGGAAGAAAUCGAGUGGGAUGGAUGGAGAAACGCACACGCAGAUUGUUGUAUCAGUACGUGACACGGACAUUGUAUCAAUUCGACUUCAGUGCGCUUGUUGUAUUUUGUAUGCUGG